UUGAAUUACAGUGGAUUGCUGGGAUGGACAACGCAAGCCCAACUCUCAAGAAUUCCAGGACAUUGUCAUCUAUCAUGGCUACACAAUGACAUCGAAGCUUUUGCUUCGGGAUGUACUCUACGUUAUCAAACAUUAUGCAUUCCUUACCAUUAUCCUGUAAUUCUUUCGAUCGAGGAUAAUUGCUCAGUCCCGGCUCAACGGUUGCUAGCACAAGAAGUCAAAGAAAUUCUAGGGGACGAUCUGCUUACCCAACCGAUUAGUGCAUCCGAAACGGAAUUGCCUUCGCCAGCCGCUCUGAAGAAGAAAAUCAUUCUGAAGCAUAAGAAAUUGCCCAUUGAAAGCGAGGAUUUGGCCACUUUUGUCAGCGCGAGCACCGAUGAAUGUGAGCUUGAGUUUUUUGAAUUUUUCCAUAGGAGAGAAAAUAAUGUCCAGGAUACGGAUAUUUUGGCGAGAGAAUGUAUAAAGAAGGGUGUACUGUCGCUUUUUGAUAGCGUCAAGCACGUUAGUUAUUUCUCCUUCUACCCUUUGACCCUUGCAAAGCAAUUUCGUGCAUUUUAGGA